UCACACUGUCUUGUCAGUCCUCUCAACAUUCCCAGCUUUCCGAAAUGGGUUCUUUAAAUUAAUUAAAUUUUUGUUCAUUAAUUUUUAAUUUGCCUGGCAAUACUGGAGCUUUUUUUCAGGAGCUGGGCUCUGCAUCUCGCUCAGGUCUCAUUACAAUUUACUUCCUAGUCGGUCGAAGACCUCCCGCAACUCAAUAAUGGACUCAGGUUAUAAUCCAGAUGAUGAACAACCACAACGAGAACAACAAGAACAACAGGCUCCAUCGGCCAAGCGUAGACGUCUGCGCCCGACGUUGGCUCAGCAAAACGCCGAGCUUAAAGGGAAAAUGGAGCUGCUGACAGUGGAGUGCAGUGCGCUACGAACCGAGCUUGGCAAUGUGAAGAUGGAGCUGUCGAAAACCAAUUUGGAGAAGACGUUCAUGGCGGCCUCGUCCGAGAAGGUGGAGGGCUAUUUCCGCACCCUGCUCGGUGGUGCGCUAUUCGCCAGCUUGAAGACACAGUUGGACCUUCUGCUUGAGCAAGGUCAGCAGAUUCACGCCCGCUUGACGGUUAACAAGGAGCCGCCACAGCUGAAGACGAUCGCAACAUUAGCCGUGUUGCAGAACCAAUUGGACAAGAAGGACAAGGUCCGAGAGGAGCUGCGCAUCCAGUUGCAGGAAACGGUCGCCACUGUUGAUGCUCUUACUCGAGCGUUCAACUACGACCUGGCCCAGGAGUCGCAAAAGCGCGUCGAUUUGGAGCUAACCCUCGACAGAAUGCUGCGCACCAUGGAGAACGUUAUGUCCUGCUCGGUGUGCCUGCUGCAGUGGACCGAUGCUGGGGAGCAUCGGCUCGUCGCACUGCCAUGCGGCCACAUUUACGGCGAGAGCUGCAUACUGAGAUCCCUCGAGCAUUACCGGCACUGUCCCCAGUGUCGCAGACCGUGCACCAGCUCUGAUGUAUGUCGCCUUUUUAUCAAUCUGUCGGGUUAAUUACGUACAUACACAGACAUGCACACAUUGACACAUACACACAUGCAGACAAUGAGACAUAUGUACAUACAAUGGACACAUUCACAAGCACAAAUACACAUGCAGACACACAUACUCUCACACACUUUAACAUUCACAUACGCAUUUACAUACACGUACAUGCACACAUACACAUUCACAUACAAAUUCUGUAAAAGUGCACGCACAUGAUUGUACAUUUGUAAAUAUAUAUAAAUAUAU